AUGGCUGCCCGUACAACCAAAAAAUAUCCACUGGGCUCUCCACAAGAGCACAUUGUAAUGUGUGACACCCAUGAUUCACCUAUUGAUGUUAUAUGCGAGGACUGUGAUGAAUUCAUUUGUGGUGAUUGUGCAAAAUCAAAUCAUAGAGAUCAUAACUGGAAAACUCUAACCACGGCGGCCACCAAAAGGAGAAGAGAAUUGCUUACAUUGCUGACGAAAAUUAGGAGAGAGAAUCUGCCUGGAAUUGACGGGAAAAUAAAAAAUGUUUCAAACCAGGUCACAGAAAAUAGAGAAGUGUGCGAUUCUGAGAUAAAAAAGCUACAGAAGCAUUGUGAUGAGAUAAUGGCCAGAAUGAUAAAAAUCAAGAAACGUCAUGAAAAAACACUUAGAGACAAUUUGGUUACAAAAAAUGAUCAAUUAAACCUUGUGAAAUCUGAGCUAGAAAAGAAGAAGAGAAGAAUUGUUGAUACAGUGGAAUUUAUGGAGGAGAACAACAGCACCAUGUCAGAUUACAGCUUGAUUGACAACCACAGAGAACUGACUAAACUGCUGUCUGAAUUAGAGAUUCAAACGACAAACCAUGAACAUUCAGUGAGAUUUACUACAGAAAAGGUUAAUAAGAAAGGAGCAAAAGAACAGAGAUUUAAAAUCAUUUCUACGGACCUAUGUGUGACUGAUAACAGUGAUGUUUAUUUUACUGACAUAAAAAAUAAGUCCAUCAGCCGUCUGUCACCGUCAGGAUCUGUGUCUACAGUCAUCAGCACAGAUCCACUGGAAGCAGGAGGAAUUUGUCAGUCAGCGUUUGGUGGAUUACUGGUAACCUUGAGAGGCAAGGAAUUAGAUUCUUAUAAAUUAGAGUCACGCAGCAGACGUCUGGUGAGACACAUCACAAUGACAGGUGACGUCAUCCACGAGUAUGAGUACCAAGAGGACGGUCAGACCAGACUGUUUAUGUUUCCAGGCAGAAUCAUACAGAACAGUAAGUGA